AUGGACUUCAUAGGAUUUCCAAAACGCAAUUAUGUAACUGACAGACCAUUUAUCUACACGGUCCUCCCGUCACCCACGUCCAUUCGACUUCUUGAGAUAAAAUCAAAGCUAUGGUGUCGUACUCAAUACUCUUUGCAUGUAGUGGAACUUAUCGAAGCUCCAACAUUUGAUGUUGUAUCUCAUUCGCGGCGAGAUCUGGUUCCACGAAAUCAUAUUGUACUAUGUGAUAACAAAAUAUUGAGAAUCUGUGGGGAUGCAGAGAAUUCCAUCAAAACCGGAAGGAAAGUUGCUUCGAAAUCUUCCGGGAAGAUGAAGACACGAUAUAUUUGGAUCGAUUCGGUGUGCAUUAACUCAGAGGAUGCCAUGGACCGAACUGCCCAAAUUUUAAUGGUGCCGAAAACCCUCAAAGAGGCUCGGAACGUCAUUAUUGGACUUGGGAAGAAGAUCCAUUUUACUUCUGAUGCAUUUAAAGCCCUAAAAACACUAUCUUUGGUGCCUCAUGAUGAGUGGUCAAAUCUAGUGAGUUUAGAUUGGGAUUGUCAAGAACAAUAUUUUCAAAGUCUCAACAUUGUACCUUUGCAAUUACAAUCAUGGCUCAGUCUCAUAGCUUUCUUUAAUAGACCUUGGUUCUCGGGUAUCUGGGCUGUACAAGAAGUUACAACAGGAAAUGAUGUGGUUGUUGCUUGCGGCAAAGAAAUCAUUCCUUGGGAAACAAUUUCGAAGGCAUUGUCGUUCUUAACCCAUACUGAAUGGUAUAAGGAACUUCACACCAAUCGUUUGAUCAAGUUUCCCGGAAAUUCUCUGAAGGGUAGACGACACAAAAAGCAUCAAAUGCUAUUUAAUUCAGAGACAGGCUUCAAGAUGGCAGUCAUACAACUUGAAUCCACUCGAGCAGGGAGUGAAUCUACCCAGCUUCUCCCUUUAUUUCGAUAUCUUUUUCGCGCGCAUCAAUAUUGUGAGGCUCCCGAUAAACGAGACAUUAUUUAUGCGCUACUUGGUUUAUCGAGAGAGGACAGUCUACCAUUCACAAAGUUCCCAGAUGCCCUUUCAAUUAAUUACCAGAUGGCGGCACGAGAUGUUUACACAAAUGUGGCCAGAGUCUUGCUCCAAUGCCAUGGCUUAGGAAUAUCGUCUGAUGCUCAGGAUUCGAUAGCAUCUGUUCCCAAUCUACCGACUUGGGUUCCAGAUUAUAGUGUCCCGCGAGGGCCCUUAUCUUUAUCAAUGCGCGGCGACUGUAAUUGGAGCGCCUGUGGUGAUUUGAAGUGGAAACAAAAAUUCUUGGAAACUGAGCCUAACUCCUUGAUAUUGCAAGGUAUGCUGCUUGACACAAUCUGUGAAAAGGUCAAAGAACAAAAUAAGUCUUUACAUUCGAUGGAAUUCUUAAAUGGAAUAUAUGAGGUCACAGCUCAUCUCGACCCUAUAUACCCACUUGCGAUGGGUGGCAACAGAUUUCAAUCUCCACAUGAAGUCGUAUGGCGCACUAUUCUAGCAGAUACAUAUCAAAAUGAACAUCCAGCACCACAACAAUGCGAGGAACUCGUAGCAAACUAUCAGGAAUGGGUCCGCAACGGUAAGCAACCACGCAAUUACGGCAAAGAGGAAAUCUCAUGUCUCGAGGAAGAAAUAGAAGCUGCAAAUGAUGCCCGGACUUUAUUUCGAACUCUCAAAGGUUAUCUUGGCAUCGGAGCACAAUCUUUAUGUCCGUCUGACGAAGUUUGGGUUUUAGCGGGUGCUUCAGUUCCUUUAAUUGUUCGACGAGGUGAAGAUGGAUUCUAUGAACUGGUUGGAGAGGCAUAUCUACAUGGAGUUAUGCAUGGAGAAGCUUUGGAAUGGGGACUUAAAAUCAGGAAUGUGUUGUUGGAAUAG